CACCAAGCUGAGCAUCAUAUUCCCAUCCAAACUGUUACCAAAGAUUCUCAAAGUUCAACAUGGCAACUAAUAACAACAUACCUGUGAUUCUUAGCUAUGUCACAACUACCUUCAUGCUCAUUUUUCUUCUUUCUGUCACCAAUGCUAUAGUUAGUGAGGAUGAAAACACUACACUCAACACCCAAUCCCUCCUUCACCCACUUGAAACAUAUGAACUAGAUUGGGACAAAGAUAUUGAUCCCACUAAGUUGACUUUCAAGCUUUCAUUCACAUGGCCUAAAGGCUAUUGCAAGACUAAAGGGUCUGGAUGCGAAAAAGCAACCGACUUGCCUGACCAUUUCACAAUUCACGGCCUAUGGCCUAUCUAUAGAGCUAAGUGCACCGACUCCACCGAGGAGUUCAGUGUCGAUCUGGUGAAAGAUCUUCGAGAUCGUCUUGAUCAGAAUUGGCCAGACUUGAAAAAUUAUGGGAAUCCAAGUAAGUAUGGAACUUUUUGGGAUCAUGAGUGGGUGGGUCAUGGCAAGAAGUGUGCCUUGUAUAGCGUGGAAGGUUAUUUUAGGCAAUCUCUCGAUUUGUAUGAUGCCAGCAACGUUUUACAGGUUCUUCAACAAGCAGGAAAUCCAACAAAUGUUGAGGAUGUAAAAAAGGCAUUCCCCGGAAGGACACCCACAGUUUACUGCAAAGAUGGAAGUGAUGGAAAAUAUUAUUUCUACCAACUUGAGUUUUGCCUUGACAGCAAUGAAAAAUAUGAAAACUGUCCUGAGCCAUUGAGGCCAGAUAAAACUCAUUGCACUCCGGGCAAAGAAUUUAGUUAUGGUGCUUAAAUAAUUAAUUUCCACUACGAAUAUAUAUGUGUGUGUAAACUUGAAUAAUCUAAACAGUCUUGGGAUGGCUAAAUAUGUCCAUCAAGCUAAGAUUUGGCUGUAGCUUAAUAAUAGAAUAAGCAAUCCCUGUAAGGCAGUAGGGCGGGUAUGCUGCCCUAAGUACGUAAAUAAUUGCAACUUUGCAUUAAAAUAAAGUGUUGAGUUUGGUUUCAACUUUACAUCA